AGGAGAGGUCACGCAGUGAACACAAUUUGCUGAACAUUAAGAAAACGCAUGAGAGAAUGCAGACAGAAAACAAAACGUCUCCAUACUACCGGACCAAGCUGAGAGGACUGUACACCACAGCCAAAGCAGAUGCUGAGGCAGAGUGUAGCAUCCUGCGACACGCUCUCGAUAAAAUUGCAGAGAUCAAGUCUUUGUUGGAGGAAAGGAGGAUAGCUGCUAAGAUGGCCGGCGUUUACAGCGACAGCGAUCCUCCCAGGAAGACGAUGCGUCGCGGCGUCCUGAUGACGCUCCUCCAGCAGUCGGCCAUGACGCUCCCUCUGUGGAUCGGGAAACCGGGCGAGAGCCCCCCCCCUCUGUGCGGAGCGACCCCAGCCAGCAGCGACUACGUGGCCAAGCAGGGCGACAAGGUGGCGGCGAGGGUGAAAGCUGUGGACGGAGACGAGCAGUGGAUCCUGGCCGAGGUGGUCAGCUACAACCACUCCACCAACAAAUAUGAAGUGGACGACAUUGAUGAAGAAGGCAAAGAGUGA